GCUCGGAAUUAUUUACAAGUGACACACAAACCAUGGCUCCACAGUAUUUGGGGCGAAAUGUCAUUUCAAUGGACUAACUUGGGCUUUCUGCUUGAAACGGCAGUGGAAGUCUGUUUUACUGUCUUGCUGUAAACUCUAUAUAAGAUGCUUUUGCUAUAUUCCAUAUUCGUCUUCUUUUUUAGCGAGUGUAACAUUUAAUGGGAACUUUGGUGAGGUCACCGAUAUUUAAUAGACUGUUCUUUCAUUAUUGGAUUCAUGAUCAUGUUCCCCACAAAAAUAACAGUUCUUCGGAGGAUGCUACAGUCGAGACACUGUUCACCUUUAUUGGGAAAAGCUCGUUUUUCCAGACUUGUUCUGGGCAUUGAGACAAGCUGUGAUGACACUGGAGCUGCAGUUCUGGACGAGACAGGACAAAUACUGGGAGAGUCUCUUCAUUCACAGACUGAAGUCCAUCUCAGGACAGGUGGCAUCAUCCCCCCAGUGGCCCAACAGCUGCACAGAGAAAACAUAGAGAGAGUGGUCCAGGAGGCUCUGGAGAGGAGCAAUGUGGAGCCAAGCCAGCUCUCAGCUGUAGCCACCACUGUGAAGCCAGGCAUGGCUCUGAGUUUGGGGAUCGGCCUGGAUUUCAGUCGGAGAUUAGUGAGGCAGCACAACAAGCCAUUCAUCCCCAUCCACCACAUGGAAGCCCACGCCCUGACAGUCAGGAUGCUUCACCCUGUCGCCUUCCCCUUCUUGGUCCUGCUGGUUUCUGGUGGUCAUUCACUCCUGGCUGUGGCUCGAGGAGUCGAUGACUUUCUGCUCCUUGGUCAAAGUUUGGAUGUUGCUCCAGGGGAUGCUCUGGAUAAAGUGGCGAGGCGUUUGUCCCUCACAAAACAUCCACAGUGCUCCACAAUGAGUGGUGGACAAGCUAUCGAGCUGCUGGCUAAGGAUGGAGACCGGAUGAAGUUCCCUCUGACGACGCCGAUGGGAAAAACACAUGACUGCAGCUUUUCUUUCUCUGGGUUAAGGAAUCAGGUCACAAUGAUGAUUAUGAAAAAAGAGGCAGAGGAAGGUAUAGAAGAGGGGACGCUGUUAUCAUGUGUGAAUGAUAUCGCUGCUGCCACACAGCACACUGUCGCCACUCAUCUGUCAAAGCGCACACACCGGGCCAUCUUAUUCUGUAAGGCCAACAACCUGCUGCUAUCAAGCAACCCCACCUUGGUGGUGUCUGGUGGAGUUGCAAGCAAUCAAUACAUCCGUAAAACUUUGAGCUUCAUUGCUGAGAGGGAAGGACUGAGCAUGCUCUGUCCUCCAGCCAAAUUCUGCACAGACAACGGAGUGAUGAUUGCGUGGAACGGUGUUGAGCGCCUAAGGGAAGGGAUUGGGAUUCUACCUCCAAACGUGGACGUCUGCUAUGAACCAAAGGCACCGCUGGGUGUUGACAUGACAGAGGAGGUGAGGGCAGCAGGGAUCAGGCUCCCACGAGUCAAGAUAGAGAUCUCCAGCUGACAGACUGUCUGGUUUCCAGUGAACAAAAAGAUUUGCCACCUCUUCAUUUUAAUAUUAUGUAUAUAAUAUUCAAAUAUAAUCAAAAUAAACUGAUAUUUUUAAUAUUUAA